UAUUCUACUCGAUUUCCACAUCUCCAUCGUUCACAUAAUUUCCGCAGCCACAAAGAAUGAGUCGCAGCUCUCUCGUAGACCCGUCUUUUGAACUUUCGGAUCCGUGCCCGGAUAUUCACGCGUUGUUCAUCCAGUUUGAUGCAAGGUUUUUCGGUGGAUCUCUUGCCUGUUGCGAAGUGAAAUGGAGUCCCCGUAUGUAUGCAUGUGCCGGAAUAUGUUCAUAUGAAAUUCGUGGUGGUCGUGGAGGACUUUGUUCGAUUCGGCUCAGUAAACCCCUGUUGACAUUAAGACCGAGAAGUGAUCUUGUUGAGACCCUGCUGCAUGAAAUGAUCCACGCAUAUCUUUUUGUUAAAGAACGAAAUAGAGAUCGUGAUGGUCACGGCCCACAAUUCCAGGCCCAUAUGCACAGAAUUAACCAAGCUGGUGGAACUAAUAUCACGAUUUAUCACAGUUUUCAUGACGAAGUUCGGCUUUACAAACAACAUUGGUGGAGAUGUAGUGGACCGUGUAGAGACCGUCGCCCAUUUUUUGGAUAUGUGAAAAGAUCCUGCAAUCGAGCACCCGGACCGAAUGAUAGAUGGUGGAGUCAACAUCAGCAAAGCUGUGGAGGUAACUUUCUGAAAGUUAAGGAACCUGAAGGCUAUGGACAAGGAAAAGGAUCAAAGAGAACAAACGACAAAAAUAAAUCUGGCGGCCCCGCUCUUAAGAAAACUAUUACUCCACCUAGAGUGACGCUUGAUGACUUCUUCAAAAAGGACGGCAAAAAUUCUUCGGACAAUUCAACUUCAAAAUCUCCAACUAAACCAUCAACGUCCUUAUUCACUGGGAGUGGUCAAAAACUUGGAGGUUCUUCUUCCACUUCAUCGCUUCUUAAUUCAUAUCCAAAAGCAACUCAAAACUCUGGUGGGAACCGACUUGGUGGUACAUCUGGAGGAGUCAGCCGCCUCCUUCCACCUGUUAAUUUCACUUCUCCUUCAUCAGCACCAGUAGCAGAGCAAGUCAUAGAUCUUGGAGACAGUGACGAUGAUGAUUUUCAAGAUAUGGACGAUGAUGCUUUGGAAAUUUCAUUUGUCGCUUCGGACAACUCGGUGAUUUGUCCUUCGUGUAACACGGAGGUGAUGGAAAAUUUGAUUCAUGGACAUCUGGAUUACUGUCUCGGGUGAAGCUAUCUAUACUCAUGUAAUUUUUAUUAUGUACUACACUUAUCUCAAUCCCAUAACAUGUCAACAGAAUUUUACGGUUAAGAAUAUAAAGAUUCAUCCACUGA